GCCUCGUCAUCCGCAGCCCCCACUCCUCAGUGGCCACCGCCGCCGCCUCCUUUUUCCAACUCCUCCUUCCUCCACCACCACCGUACCCGGCGGCCCCCGGAGCCCGCGCAGAUGGCGACCGCGGCCACGGCGUCCGCGACCGCGGCGACCCGCUUUACGCUCCUAGCGGGCGCCGGCCUCCGCAGCCGCGCCGCCCGCCUCCCCACUGCCGUGCGGUUCCAGCGCCAGCGGGGGCUCACCACCACCGCGCUCCUCAAGACCGCCGACCUCCGCCCCAAGGAGCAGGGCCAGCCCGAGACGCUCGACUACCGCGUGUUCCUCGUCGACGGCGGGGGCCGGAAGGUGUCGCCGUGGCACGACGUGCCGCUGCGCGCCGGGGACGGGGUGUUCCACUUCAUCGUCGAGAUCCCCAAGGAGAGCAGCGCCAAGAUGGAGGUCGCCACCGACGAGGCCUUCACGCCCAUCAAGCAGGACACCAAGAAGGGCAACCUCCGAUACUACCCGUACAAUAUUAAUUGGAACUAUGGAUUGUUGCCUCAAACAUGGGAGGACCCGACUUCUGCAAAUUCUGAUGUGGAAGGAGCAUUCGGAGAUAAUGAUCCUGUUGAUGUUGUUGAGAUAGGUGAAAGACGUGCCAAUAUUGGGGAUGUUCUUAAGGUUAAACCAUUGGCAGCUCUAGCAAUGAUAGAUGAGGGGGAGCUUGACUGGAAAAUUGUGGCCAUUUCUUUGGACGACCCCAAAGCAUCUCUUGUGAAUGAUGUGGAUGAUGUUGAGAAGCAUUUUCCGGGGACACUGACUGCCAUCAGAGACUGGUUCAGAGACUACAAGAUACCAGAUGGAAAGCCUGCCAAUAGAUUUGGUCUCGGCAACAAGCCCGCAAGCAAGGAAUAUGCUCUGAAGGUCAUUCAGGAAACCAACGAAUCAUGGGAGAAAUUGGUGAAGAGGAAUAUCCCUGCUGGAGAGCUCUCACUAGCCUAAUCUUCUUUGGUCCAUGGGAAGCCACAACAUUCUUUGAACUGCAUUCUUCUUAAGCAUGUCGUUUUGUAUGCUGUAAGCAUGCUUCUUCAUUUGCAGACCUUUUUGCGAACCGUUUAACAGGAAUAAUCUUGUCGAGUGAAUAAUGAUUCUGGAGCGAGUUCUCCAUAAUGCAACGCUGGAGAGGAAUUAUUCUUGAGCGACUGAAUA